GGGUGGACUAAAUGUAAGGAACAUAAAUAGCGCUAUAUAAGCAAGGGAGAUAACUAGAAGCAUAUUGCGUUUCUAAUAAGCUUGAGGACGUAAGCGGUAAAUAUUUCCCGCAAAAUCUUACGUAUUUGAAUCACUACGGCAGAAGGUACUUCAGUUAACGGUGUUGCAUCAAGCAUGUCUAAAAAGCGGCAAGGUUACCUUGAAUGGGAUGAUUACUUCAUGUCAGUGGCUUUCCUCUCUGCUCAACGUAGCAAAGACCCAAGAACUCAGGUAGGAGCUUGUAUUGUUAACGAAGAUAGACGUAUUGUUGGCAUCGGAUAUAACGGUAUGCCUCGUGGUUGUAGUGACGAUGAUUUUCCUUGGUGCAAUGAAGGUGUCACUGAGCUAGAUAACAAAAAUCUCUACGUAUGUCAUGCUGAGCUUAAUGCAAUUCUCAAUAAGAAUUCUGCAGACGUUCGCAAUUGCACUAUAUAUGUUGGUUUGUUUCCUUGCAAUGAAUGUACUAAAGUCAUUAUACAGUCUGGAAUUAAAGAAGUCAUAUACUAUUCGGAUAAAUAUAAGGACCAAAUUACCUCUAAAGCUUCUCGAAUUAUGUUGGAUCGUGCUGAAAUAAAAUAUCGCCAGUAUCGACCUACAAACGGACAAAUUGUUAUAGAUUUUACUUCAUUAGAAGAAAAGAAAGACCGGAUUAUAAGUUCAGUUUUGUCCCCCAUUUCUGAACUUUCACUUUAGUCAGAUGCGAACAUAAACACUUGGAAUUCAUUAUAUUGCCAACAUUGCCUUUUCAUAAUGAUAUCCUGUUAUAUUUUCUAGUUAAAAUUAAUGGAACUGGUGAAGAUUUUCUAAUUUUUAUAUGAAAUAUUAACUGCUGUAUUUUUAACGAAAAUUUUUAUUCCAUUUUGUUUUCGUUUGUGUGUACAUAAUAUUUUAACUGCCUCUUUCUAAGAAAAUGAAACUAUCCACAUUUGUUCCAAUACGCAGUAGCGUAGCUGGGGUGGGGUGUGUGUGCAUUUUGGGCCGCACUUUUAAAGAGGCACCACCUUUGAGUCUGCUGUAGAUAAUGUUUUUUUUUUGUGAUGGUCCGGGGGCAGCAAACAGAAAGGCAUCCCCGGGCAGCACAGGUUCUAGCUACGCUAGUGCCAAUAUUCCCUCUAACUCCAUCUAAUAAAAAGUUAUCCGACUUCCA